CAUGGAGGCCGAUCUGAGACGGGCGCCGGCUCCGCACGAUGACGGGCCGGCCCUCCAGAAGCAGCGGGCCGUCUGGACGGCGGCGGUCGAGGCCAGCGACCCGCGCCGCCGGCGGGCGCGCAGCGAGCUGACGCCCUCGUGCUCCCCGGAGCCGGAGCAGCUACCGGAGCCGGAGCCGGGAGUGGCGGAGCAGCCGGCGCGAGGCGGCGGGUCGGUGUCCGUGGACCAGUCGGCCGUAGCGCCGGCCGUGCUCAGCUACCCCUCCGAGCUGCACCGCGCCGGGCGGCUGAUGGUGAUGGUGGCGGCCACCUCUCUCUGUCUGUACCGGUGCGCCGGCCCGCUCCGCCUGCCGCCGCUGCCGACACUCUGUCUGCCGCCGCUCGGCAUUGAGACGUUCGUCGGCGGCGUAAGGCUCUCCGUCAUCUAACGGCCGCUCGUCACCCCUGGUCGGCUCGUAGUCAUCAGUAGAAAGACGCGGCCCGCCGCCGUCGUAGCUGAAGACGGUAGAGCGGUGCACUGAAGCUGAGGACGGUAGAGGGAUGCACCGGAGUGUGCUGGCUGUGAGACGCGCGAUACGGUACCUUCAGAGUGGGCUGUUUCCGUGUGGAAGCCCGUCUGUGGGCUGUGGUUCCGUGUGAGGGGGCCUGGCUGUGGGCUGUGGUUUCGUGUGAGGAGGCCUGUGACUGUGGGCUGUUCGUGCCUUCUGUCUAUUGUCUGUCGUACCUGACAUCCCCAGCUGUGAACUGAUCAGGGCUACCCAAUGAACUAUGACUUGCAGUCGUUAUCUGGAUGGCUGCUGGCAUGACUACUCCAUGAGUUGGUAUACCAGAUUGUGUGGGUUGUAUGCGGUUCCAUUCACUUUACCCAUGUCCCAUUGUCCAGUCCGUUGUUCGUUAGGAAUCGAAGCUUUGUGGAGUCCUAUCCUAUGUAAAUGUCAGUAUUGUCGGGGAUGAGUAUUUGUGCUGAGCGAAAGUCGAUAUUUAUGCGUGUGUGAUGUUCACCCAGGCAGGUGGACCCUAAUUGUCGAAGCGCCUCAGUGGUGCCCGAUGCAUUUUAGUCCUGGUGUCCCCGGUGAGUCGUAUAGUGGCAGCUGUGCUGUGCUGUCCUGUGUCCUGUGCGGGUGUCAGUCAGUUCGUCCACCUACCCACACACCACGCGUGGCCGCGCCCACCAGCCUCACCCCUCGAUCAUCUCUGAGCUGGCUCUCGGCCAGACACGCAGCCCACUCAGCGCGUUUGUGACAGGCGCGGCGCCUCCCCCGCCGUGAGCUAUCAGCCCCGCCGGCGGCGUCCGCUCGUCUCCGCCGACGAUGCGUGUCGCGGCGGCGUUUGGAGCUCGGCUGUCCGGAGAUGGGCUCGGAAACACGGGAAGGGCUUCCCGGAGACAUCCAAUUGUCAGCUUGAUGUCGUCGUUUAAAGUCGGCCAGGGCCGGCCGGGGUCGCCGGGGGCGCCGGGGCGCGCUGUCACCGAUCCAGGUCAGAGCAGGUCGUCGGAUGCAGGGCGGCCCAGGAUUUGGCGCUGCCAGCGGCGCCGAUGUGGGCUGCGAUCCAGACACAGAAGGCGACUUUGUAGCCGGUCGGCGGGUAUAAACAGUGCGCGCCGGCUCCGAAAUAGCGCUCGGCCGAACGGCCGGCCCCGAGAGCGGCGCGAUGAGCCUCAGUAGGGCGCCGGCGGUGGACGGAGCCGCUGAACGUGCAGAACACCGUCACUUGGUCAGCCAGACUGUCUGACAGAGCAGCGUCAGCAGGCAGACGGUGCCGUGUCAGGACGGCAUUCAAUCUCAAGACAGAGCCGAGAACAUAUCAACUUAGCUCCGACCCACACAGUCGGUAAAUAACAGCGGACAAACAAGACCACCAGCUGGAUCUGGUAAAACUAUACCAAUGAUGGAUUGGAUCAUCACAAGAGCAGCAAAACCACAACAGCGUGCUUACUGAAGACAUCAAUCCUGACAUCAUUGAAUCGUGACGGCAAUUCGAUCUCGCUCGCCGUCGGCAACAGUCGUCCAGCACCGCGCACCUCAUCAACUCGGAUUGACGACCAGCUUUCGGACUCGGGAGGCACUUGAGGCUGACGUACAAGAAAAGUUACGGCGAGCGCGUGACUGUCAGCCAAACCAGGCGGUCCAAUUUAGGCGGGCGUGCAGUGGCUUCCCGAGUGCUGUUCUUGGCCGCCACCCAGUCACAAGAGCAGUUAAUCAUUGGCUGAGCUGCGAGAUGGAAGCCCGUUGAGCUUGGACCACUCGGCAUCCAUUCGGCAUCCGUCUCUGGCAUCGCCUGUGGCUCCCGCCUGUGGAUUCGACUAGAUCCCGUCCGUGGAUAUCGUCCGUGACUCUCGUCUGUGACACCAAUCAGCGACAUUCUUGACAGCUCCGGCCAUCACCGUGCGUAUGUGCGUGUAUGCGAGUGUGCUGGUUCCACUGCUCGGGCGCCUGCUGACCACCGCUGGCGAUCUCAGCGUGCGACCACUGACAGCCGGCCGGCCGGUUGGACGCGUGCCACUCAUGUCCGUCUCGUCGGAGCCAUCGACGGCCAUUCCGUCCGAUGUCGGUGCUCUCGCCGACGGGGGCGCGACCGCCUCCGACACGGAGUCAUCAGCGGGCCGCGCCGUGGUCGCCCCGCCAGCCGAGCCCGCUCUGAGUGGACGCCUGACCCGCUGCGAGGUAGACAUCGGUUUGGAUGUGAUCGAAGAGGACGGCGGACCCGUCCCGGAGCGACGGCACAGCGCCGCGGACGCGCUCCACAUGGACGCGCUGCACUACCGGCUCAGUCUGUACCUCAACGACCGGGAGCCCGUCGAGCAGCGGCGCCGCUCCCGGCACCGCGUGGCGCGGCGCAGCAGUGAGCUGGUGCCGCGGCCGGCCGGCGCCAGUGCCGCUCUGUGCCGCCGUCACUCGGAACUGCCGGCCGGCCGGCGCGUCUCUCGGCAGGCCUCGGAGCUCUCUGUGUCGACCACCGGUCGGAAGUCGGGCCGGCGCCACUCGCGGCGCCCCUCGUCCCGGCCGGCCUCUCGGUCCGGCUCGUGCGGCGGCAGCUCGCGGCGACUGCACGGCAGCCAGCCGGGCCUGCUGCCAUCCAGCGAGCUGGAGCCCAAGGAGCGCCGGCGCCGGCAGAUCGUCAUGGCCGUGAUGGCCGGCGCCUUCAUCAUCGUCUCCAUGUCCGUGGGACUCAUCUUCGUGAUGCUCUACCUGACCUCCUCCGAGGGCGAAACGGAUGGAAUUGACGUCCGAAAAGAAAACGAGGAGAUCUACCGAGGUCUGAAGCCCUCGUUCAACCAGACGACGACAGCGGCCAGUGCGCUGGACGACAACAGAUAGCCUGCUGGGACCGACCGGGGCAGAGCUGGGAGCCAGCGCGCUGGCCGGCGGGACAACGACCGUGACCGUCGAGCCAUGACUCUGACCUGACAGGUCACUGCUCCGAACCCGGCCCGGCUCCAAGUCUGACACCGACCUGACCGGUCACCUGGCUCUCUGCAGGUCCGACUGGGCCGGUUCAGGACCGCUACCCCUGUGAGUUUGGUCCGGGUCGGACGGCUGAUCUGCCUGCUGUCCUAUAGGCUCGAUCUGGACCAGACCACUGGUCUGAGACUAAUCGGUUCGAUUGUGGUCUCGCUAGGGCUCGGUACUCUGUAGCGGGUCUGGUGGUUCAGGAAGAACGGACGGUCUGCUGGCCGUAUUACUAAAUGGCCAGGGUUGACCCUUUACAGAGCCAUUGGCUAAUAAGACGCUGAUAUGGUACUGAAAAGCGAACUCACAAAGUGACGCUAUGUGCUUUUUAUAAAUUAAUUUUGAAAAUAUGUUUAAAUGUUGUAACAAACCCGCGAAGGACUCUUUACGACCAUUCUAGAGGCGUGUUCUCAAAUGCAUUUGAUUUUUUACUAGUGUGUCUUCUCUAUUGUAUGUAAGUACAUAAUUAUUCUAGCAUCAAUGAAAAUUUUGUGACAUAUUUGUCGUUUCUCUUUAUGCCCGCUUCGGUGCCUAUUAGAUGCUCAGAAGGAUGUUGACAAAAAGCCAUCGGUGAAAUGGUGUUCUGCGCUCAUUAAAAAAACUGUUGCUGCAGCGAUAGCUGCAGACGUCGCCACUAAUGCUCAGAAGCCAAUGAAAUGUCACGUUGGAGCGGCGGUCGGCCCCACAGACGCCAGCUCCAUGUAUGUAUCGGUGUUGGUGCGAGUUCCCAAGUGGGUAUGGGUAUGACAGACCAACACAACAGACUGUUCCCGUGCAGCGGUGAGGGGUCAAUGGUUGGCCCUGUGUUGUGAGACCCGUGGAAUUAUUAUGUCCUAUGGUGUAUCUGGCAGGGCAGGUGGUGUCAAUAACUAGCCGUCUCUCCACAUGGAGUGUCUCGUGGUGACCUGACCGCGCUGGUCGGGCGCCCCGGGGUCGGACUGUCGGACAGCGGGUGCUGAGCGAUACUGAGCGAAAGAUGUGUGAACUGUGCGAACAGUAUGCGUGCGUGUGCCGUUGGCUGUUAUAUGGAGAGGGCAGCUCUGUGCGAGGUAUCGAUCGGUUGCUGACAGGUGGGGACAUCGUAUUUGGUUACGUUUCAGGUAAACCAAACAUCGGGUCGAUGUUCAGAUUGAGUUGUCAAUUAAUGUUUGCCGUUUUCCGUGUUGCAUUGGUGUAGUUGAAAGAUACUGCUGUUGUUGAAUGUGUCGACUGAAUACGCACCCAGAUAGUACCGACAACAUGUACCGACAACAUGCAGGUAUAAGCUGUAAGUACCGUUUAGAACAUUUAUCGAUCGAAUACACAAUUCGGUACAGUCA